AUGAGCGCGUCCAGGUUCAUAAAGUGCGUCACGGUCGGGGACGGCGCCGUCGGCAAGACCUGCAUGCUCAUCUCCUACACCUCCAACACCUUCCCCACCGACUAUGUUCCGACGGUGUUUGACAACUUCAGUGCUAACGUUGUGGUUGAUGGUAACACUGUCAACCUCGGCCUCUGGGACACUGCAGGUCAAGAGGAUUACAACAGAUUGAGACCACUGAGCUAUCGUGGAGCUGAUGUUUUUCUUCUGGCUUUCUCACUGAUCAGUAAGGCCAGCUAUGAGAAUGUUUCGAAGAAGUGGAUACCUGAACUGAAGCAUUAUGCACCUGGUGUGCCAAUAAUUCUCGUAGGGACAAAGCUUGAUCUUCGAGAUGACAAGCAGUUCUUUGUGGACCAUCCUGGUGCUGUCCCUAUCACUACUGCACAGGGAGAGGAGCUAAGAAAGCAAAUAGGCGCACCAUACUACAUCGAAUGCAGCUCAAAGACCCAACUAAACGUAAAGGGUGUGUUCGAUGCGGCGAUAAAGGUUGUGCUGCAGCCACCUAAGGCAAAGAAGAAGAAAAAGGCGCAGAGGGGGGCGUGCUCCAUUUUGUGA